AUGAAAAUCUAUCACAUGAUGAAUAUUUCCCAGUAUUUGCUCCUUUUGUUGUGCUUAUUGGGUGAUAUUGCACUUAUUGCAAGCACUAGUGUGAAAGUGAAACCAAUAUGCAUUGAGGAAGAAAGGAAAGCACUUGUGAGCUUCAAACAAGAUCUUACUGAUCCGUCCGGUAGGCUUUCUUCUUGGGUGGGUCAUGAUUGCUGCCGCUGGGAAGGGAUUUCAUGCAACAACCUCAUUGGUCAUGUUGACAAGAUGGAUCUCCGGAAUACAUGUUAUGAAGAGUGGGACAAGUUGGCUUUUAACCAGUCUCGCUUGGGGGGUAAGAUAAAUCCUUCUUUGCUUAGCUUGAAACACUUGCAUUACCUGGACUUAAGUUUGAAUGAUUUUGAAGGGAUCCACAUUCCUAAGUUCUUUGGGGAGCUUACAACUCUGAGGUAUCUCAAUAUCUCUUUUGCAAAGUUUGCAGGAGAGAUUCCCCCUUCUCUUGGUAACUUAUCCAACUUGAAUUAUCUUGAUGUCGGUGGUUAUUAUCCAUUUGAAAUAAUGCAUUCCAAAAACUUGGAUUGGCUUUCUCAUCUCUCUUCCCUAAAAUACCUCAAUCUCCAGGGAGUGGAUCUUAAUAGCAACACAAAUUGGCUGUAUGUUGUUAACAUGCUUCCUUCCUUACAGGAGUUACACUUAUCUAAUUGCAAAAUAGAAAGCCUUCCAUUAUCAUUACACAAGAUUAACUUCACCUCACUUUUGAUCCUUGAUCUUUCAUUUAAUCCUUUCAGUACUUCUUCAAUUCCCAACUGGCUUUUCAAUCUUACUAGCCUUAGAGAACUUUAUCUAAGCCGCAAUUCUUUCAAUUGUCAUAUUCCAGAUGAACUUGCAAACCUCAAAUCUCUUGAAUACCUAGAUUUAUCUUAUUCGAGGCUCACAGGUGGUGGAGUUCACAUUGGAAACUUGUGCAAGCUAAAGACAUUACAUCUUGCCCACAACAGUUUUGAUGGUGGGUGGAUUGAAGAGUUUUUGGGGAGUUUAUCAAAUUGUCCAAAUAAUACACUAGUAUUAGAGUCACUAGAUUUGUCUGGUUGUGGGCUGGAAGGCCAAUUGCCGGCCUCCUUAGGAAUUGUAAAUAGUUUGCAACAUUUGGACCUCUCUGCUAAUUACAUGAACGGGUCCAUUCCACAAAGUCUAGGACAACUCUCUGAGCUAGUUGAACUCGAUCUGUCUGAGAAUCAUUGGGAUGGCAUUCUAACGGAAGCCCAUUUCACAAGUCUCAUAAGAUUGAAAGGUCUUUCAAUAAGCACCUAUAAAAUAGGCAAGCCCAUGUCCCUCGUUUUCAACGUGUCUUAUGAUUGGGUUCCUCCGUUCAAGCUCCUCAAAAUUAACAUUUUCAACUGCAAAGUAGGUCCUGGUUUUGGGGUAUGGCUUCAAUCUCAGACUGAACUAGUAGAUGUCUCCCUGAGUUACACUGAAAUAUCAGAUUCUAUACCAGAUGAAUGGUGGUUGAAGCUAUCUUCCCAACUCACAUGGCUGGAUUUAUCUUACAACCAAUUCCAAGGAAGGCUUUCAUCGAAACAAUUGACAUUUCCAAAAUUAGAUUAUAUACGAUUGGAUCAUAAUCAAUUUGAGGGCCCACUCCCACUAUGGUCCCAUAAUGCCACCUUCCUUGAUCUCAAUAGCAAUUUAUUUUUCGGGCCAAUUCCCUCGAGUGUUGACCAGCUAAUGCCCAAAUUAGAAGAAUUUUAUAUUUCGGAGAAUCAUUUGAAUGGUAUAAUUCCACCUUCCAUUUGCAGAAUACAAAACCUAACAGUCCUUUCCUUGAGCAACAAUCAUUUUUCUGGACAACUCCCUCACGCAUGGACUUCGUAUAGCCAGAUAAUCAUUGUAGAUGCUGCUUACAACAAUCUCUCUGGUAAUAUUCCCACUUCAAUGGGUCUAUUAACUUCUCUUCAAAUAUUGAAGCUCAACAACAACAAUUUUGGUGGUAAGAUUCCCGAUUCUUUGCACAAUUGCUUUGUUUUGAAAAGUAUCGAUCUUGGAGGCAACAAAUUAUCUGGGAGCAUACCUCCAUGGAUAGGAGGAUCAAAUGUAUCCAUGUUGUACAUGCUACAAUUGCGAUCCAACUUUUUUACUGGACAUAUUCCCCGACAAUUGUGCAAUCUUGGCUACCUUCACAUCCUCGACCUCAACCACAACAAAUUUUCAGGUACUAUUCCCAGCUGUUUCAAUAAUUUGACUUCUCUCGUCCGUGAUGAUCUCUAUAUAUACGAUCAAUCCUAUAUGCAGCAAACCAUGCUGACAGUAAAAGGACAAGAACUCGUGUAUAACACCACUCUAAUGCUGGUAAAGAGCAUUGAUCUUUCAUCAAAUUUUUUGGAAGGUGAAAUCCCUCAAGAGAUAGGUAGUCUCAUUCUAUUGGGUACCUUGAACUUGUCGAGGAAUCAUUUGAUUGGUAAGAUUCCCUCGGAGGUUGGAAAUAUGCAUGGGCUCGAAACUCUUGAUCUCUCAAACAACAGUCUUUCAGGACAGAUUCCUCAAACCCUUGCAUCUUUAACAUUCUUGGCGCACUUGAAUUUGGCUUAUAACAACUUGGUGGGAAGAAUUCCUUUGGGCAGCCAAUUUCAAACAUUCACUGAUCUGUCCAUUUAUGUGGGCAAUCCAUUAUUGUGUGGGGUUCCACUUCCAACAAAAUGCCCCGGACCUACAGAUGCAAAACCCAGUAAUGAAGAUGGAAGUGAUAAGUUGUGGUUCUAUGUCAGCAUGGUACUUGGCUUUAUCGUGGGCUUUUGGGGUGUUUGUGGUACAUUACUCGUGAAGAAAUCAUGGAGGUAUGCUUAUUUUCAAUUUUUUGACGACACCAAAGAUAAGGUAACACUAGCAAUUGCAUUGAAAGUGGCUCGUUUGCAAAGAAAGUUUUCUCAUGUUUAG